AUGUGGUCUUCGCCAAGGUCUCUGAGUCCAGCAUCCAGAGGCUGGAACGGCGUCAACAGAAGCUCUGAAGAUCCGUCAUGGGAACUCGUUUCCGCCGUCAUAACCGAGAAAGCGUUCCCGAUUGCGAAGGAAGCUAUUGAGAGAGGACUCUCCAGAGCGAAGAAUGACGGGAAAAACAUCAAAUGGAGCUUCAUCGAGUUGACCAACGUCGAACUGGAUCACAAAAAACUUUGCUCGAUGAUCAUGGAAAAGAAGCCCAGUCUCGUCAUAAACACGGUACGAACCCCGGGAAGCAACUACUACAAGCUCACCAUGACCAUCAAGGAAGUCCUUAAAAACCUUGGCAUGCCCACCCUCGACUUGUCAUACGGAAUCAGCGACGAGUACUCCAUGAGCGGAUGGAGCACGAAAAAAGGCGAUCAAGGCAACUAUCUCAUCCACGUGACGCCUCCGGGCGACUCGUACACUCAAGCAGUGCGCGAGCUCAGUCUGAAGAUGGAUCUCGCGACCGCCGGAAUUCUCUACGACAAGACUGUCUUGAUCGACCACAAGUACGCCCGUCUCCUGGAAAACGUGCCGACCCGUCACAUCAUGCGUGAAGUCGGCGAGAGCGCCGCCGAUUUCUGGAACAAGACUCAAGUUAUCCAGUCCACGGAUGUCUCGAACUACUUCGUGGUGGGCAGCAUCAGUCACUUGAGCAAUGCGCUCGAAGUGGCUAAGAAAUACGAUCUCAGACAACGACAUCACUGCUGGGUGCUCGUCACCAAGCAGGAGGGGGAACCCUCGUGCGAUGGCUGCACGAAUCUCGAAGCUCUUUUCGUGCAUCCCGUCAAGGUGGAUGAUACCCGAGUUGGCAAAGAAGGACCCUACGGAGCGGACAAGCUCGACGGCCUCUUCUACGAAGAAAUAAGCGAGUACACGGUGAAACGGAUCUUCGCGACCGAAAAGUACUCGAAGGAACCGAUCGUUGCGACGUGUCCAGGAGUUGGUAGCGCGAGACCGAAUAACAACUUGUACGCCGCCUUGAACUCGGCCAAACUCAAAGGCAUUUACGGGGACGUCGUCUUCGAUAUGAAGGUCGGCUACCAACAGAUAAGGAUGAAAGUAGAACAUCUCAACUUCACUACGGCCAAGAAUCGAGACACCCAAGACAAGGGCUACUUCACGUACCAAGGCGAUGCAAAUGUCGCGGUCUGGAAAGAAGGCCAAUCGUCCCUCGAACAAUACGGCGCUGUGACGUUCUACAAAGUUGUGACGAUUGUCCAACCCCCUUUCGUGUAUAGGAACAACGAAACCAAGAAGUUCAGAGGCUACUGCAUCGAUUUGAUUGACGAGAUAAAGAAAAUCCUGAAGUUCGAAUACGAAAUAUACGAGGUCGCCGACUCACAUUUCGGAUCCAAGAACAAGGAGGGAACAUGGAGUGGUCUGAUCGGAGACUUGGUUCAAAAGAAAGCUGAUAUCGCGCUCGGUCCCAUCGCCGUCAUGGCUGAGAGGGAAACGGUGGUCGACUUCACCGUGCCGUACUACGAUCUAGUCGGUCUGUCGAUCCUCAUGAAGAAGCCAGAAGUGAAACCAUCGCUCUUCAAAUUCUUGACCGUGCUCGAGACAAACGUGUGGGGCUGCAUUCUAGCCGCCUAUUUCUUCACAUCGUUCCUCAUGUUCAUAUUCGACCGACUUUCGCCAUAUAGUUACCGGAACAACAAGGAGAAAUACAAGGACGACGACGAGAAGCGUGAAUUUACGCUCAAAGAGUGCCUCUGGUUCUGCAUGACGUCACUCACACCUCAGGGAGGUGGCGAGGCGCCGAGAAACUUGUCCGGGCGACUCGUAGCCGCAACCUGGUGGCUUUUCGGCUUCAUCAUCAUCGCCUCAUACACGGCGAACUUGGCUGCUUUCCUGACAGUGUCCCGUCUCGAAUCUCCGAUCGAAUCCUUGGAUGACUUGUCGAAACAAUACAAAGUCAAAUACGCUCCACAGAAGGACACGACAGCGUCGACGUAUUUCCAGAGGAUGGCGAAUAUCGAAGAGAAGUUCUACGAGAUCUGGAAGAACAUGUCACUCGAUGAUAGUCUGACGGACGAUCAGCGAGCGGAACUCGCCGUCUGGGAUUACCCGGUCAGCGACAAAUUCACCAAAAUUUGGUGGACCAUGCAGGAGGCGAAUCUUCCCGAAAGUUUCGAGGCUGGCGUGCAGAGAGUCAAAGAUAGCCUGACAAGCGAAGGCUUCGCUUUCAUCGCUGACGCAACUCAGAUCAAGUACGCAACCAUGACAAACUGUGAUCUCACACAAAUCGGUUCCGAGUUUUCGAGGAAACCUCUUGCGUUGGCGGUUCAACAGAAUUCCCCUCUUAGGGACCAACUUUCAAGCGCAAUCCUGAAACUGCUCAAUCAGAGACGACUCGAGAGUCUGAAGGAGACCUGGUGGAACCAGAACUCCGAGAAGAAGGAGUGCGAUGAAGAGGGCAAGAACAACGAUGGAAUUUCCAUCAAGAACAUCGGUGGUGUCUUCAUCGUCAUAUUCAUCGGUGUCGUGAUGGCUUGCAUAACUCUGGUAUUCGAAUACUUCUGGUACAAGAAUAAGAAGCCAAGAUCUAAGGUGGUGUCUGUGAAAGAACACAUGCCUCAGAAGAGAUAG